AUGGAGGAAUUUCGCGACCCCUUCGUUCUACCUCCAUCCGUGGACCGUGAGAAAUUUCAUGAAUUCAUCAGUCGAGCUGCGCAAGUGGUCGGCAUCAUGAAUAUCAUGGUUAUUAGUGAUCCAAGCCAAUUCUCUAAGCAAGACUACAUGGACUCUUCGAAAUCCCAUGACAUGUUCCACGUCCUCGAAAAAGAAGAAUUCUUGUCUUCCGCAGUGGUCAUGCCGCGACAGGUGCCAGAUGUCCAGGACAUGAUGCGACUGGCGAACGAAUUCGAGAUACCCGUCUGGCCAUUCUCAACGGGCAGAAAUAUCGGUUAUGGCGGUGCUGCUCCACGUGUUCGAGGCAGCGUUGCCCUCGAUCUAGGUAGACACAUGAACAGGAUCCUGGAGGUAAACACCGACGCUGCAUACGCACUCGUUGAACCGGGUGUGUCGUAUUUCGACCUCCACGACUACCUGGUUAAGAACAACCUGCGAAAAGAUGUAUGGAUGGAUGUGCCAGAUCUGGGUGGUGGCUCCCUUAUAGGGAACACUUUGGAACGAGGCAUCGGAUAUACCCCCUACGGUGACCACUGGAUGAUGCACUGUGGGCUUGAAGUUGUGUUGCCGGACGGAUCCCUCAUCAGGACCGGCAUGGGGGCCUUACCGAAUCCCCAGGCCGACAAGAACAAAUCACCACACGAGCAGGAAUGGAACAAAAGCUGGCAACUAUUCAAUUACGGCUUUGGUCCCUACAAUGACGGAAUUUUCAGUCAGUCGUCACUCGGAGUAGUGGUCAAGAUGGGCGUAUCGCUCAUGAUGAACCCUGGUGGUUUCCAAUCCUACUUGAUCACCUUCCCACGAAACGAGGAUCUACACAAAAUCGUCGAAAUCAUGCGGCCUUUACGCAUAUCUCUAGUAAUCCAAAACGCGCCAAAGUUGGAAAGCAUACUUGUGGCUGCGGCACUAGCCGGUCCUCGAACUAAAUACACUAGCUCUGAGAAGCUUUUGGACGAUCAAGAAUUGGACAAUAUUGCCGAACAGCUCAAUCUUGGGCGUUGGAACUUGUAUGGUGCACUAUAUGGCCCUCAAGUCGUCCGAGACUCCCUCUGGUCCGUUAUCAAGUCUUCCUUUGGGAAUAUCCCCGGAGCCAAGUUCUUUUUCCUCGAAGACCGUCCGGACGAUCUUGCCAUGCAGACACGCAACACUACGUUCCAAGGCAUCCCAACAAUAUCGGAGCUUGAGUGGGUCAACUGGCUGCCGAACGGAAGUCACCUGUUCUUCUCACCUAUCGCGCCGGUGACUGGUGACGAGGCACAAGCACAGUAUCAACUUACGCGUCAGCUUGUGCAAGAGCAUGGGUUCGACUUUAUCGGCUCCUUUCUAGUCGGCCUUCGAGAGAUGCAUCAUAUCGUAUGCAUCGUGUUUGAUCGGAAAGACGACGAGAGCCGGCGGCGGGCAUACACGCUGAUCAAAACGCUGAUUGCGGCAGCUGCUGCUCGUGGUUGGGGAGAAUAUAGGGCACACCUUGCGCUCAUGGACGAGAUCGCAGGGACAUACAGCUUCAAUGAUAACGCACAAAUGAAGUUGAACGAGAAGUUGAAGAACGCACUAGAUCCUAAAGGGAUAUUGGCACCAGGGAAAAAUGGGGUGUGGCCGGCAAACUACAAAAAGGAAGAAUGGGUUAUGCCUCAUUGA